AUGGAGGCGGCGCGCGGCGAGCCCCGGGAGAGCGGCGGGGCCGAGGCGCUGCUGGGCGAGCUGGAGGCGCUAGUCCAGGACGUGGUGAGGGCGAGCUCGUGGUGGGAGCGCCACGGCGUGGACUGCGCCAUCCUUGCACUCAGCCUCCUCGCCUUGCCGGCCGGGUUCCUGUGCCUGCGCUCUGAGAAUCUCCUGGUCCUUGCCCUGGGCAUCACCAUCCUGGGUGUGUGCCACUACACACUCACUGUCAAGGGCAGCCACCUGGCCACUCACGGUGCCCUCACCGAGUCCAAACGCUGGAGCAAAAUCUGGGCACUUUUCUUUGUGGAGGUAUGCACGGCCUUCCCUGCAGAGUAUGCCAAGUAUGGACAUGUCAAGAUGCACCAUGGCUACACCAACGUGCUGGGCAUGGGGGACUCCAGCACGUGGAGGCUGCCUUGCCUCAACCGCUACGUCUACAUGUUCCUUGCUCCUCUCUUGAUCCCCAUCAUAACCCCACUGGUGACUAUGGAGCGGCUGAGACACGUGGAGCUCAGGGCGGCUCUGCGGACGCUGGGCCUGAUUUCGCUGGGCCUUUAUUCUCACUACUGGCUGCUCCUGAAUGUGUCUGGCUUCAAGAGCCCCGGUUCAGCCCUGGCCUGCAUGCUCAUCACCAGAUCCCUGCUGGCCCACCCUUACCUCCACGUCAACAUCUUCCAGCACAUUGGGCUGCCCAUGUUCUCCCAGGACAAGAAGCCCCGACGGAUUCACAUGAUGAGCCUGGGCGUGCUUAACCUGCCCCGGCUGCCCGUGCUGGACUGGGCGUUUGGCCACUCCAUCAUCAGCUGCCAUGUGGAGCACCACCUCUUCCCCCGACUCUCCGACAACAUGUGCCUGAAGGUGAAGCCCGUGGUGUCACAGUUCCUCCAUGAGAAGCAGCUGCCCUACAACGAGGACUCCUACCUGGCUCGCUUCUGGCUGUUUCUCAGUCGCUACGAGGAGCUCAUGGUGCAGGCCCCUCCCAUCACUGAGCUGGUGGGGCUGCAAUGAGUGGUGGGCUGGCACAGUCACCCUGCGCCCCCUCCCGGGCCCAACCCUAGCUCUCCUGCUUCUGCUGGCCCUCCCUGGGCCUGGGAGAGUGCGGGCCCUUCCCCAGUGGGUGUGGUUCAGUUGCUGGUGGUGGACUGUGGAGGCGCUGGGCAAGCAGUGAGGCAGGGCGCUCGUGCUGGGGGUCCUGGGGGUCACCUGCCCUGCUUGCUUUUCUGGGUUUCAAGGGAUAUCUGGAGGAAAGGAAUAAAAGUGGCUGGGUGUUCUGGUCAGUCUCAACCUUGGCCAACUUCGUCUUAGGACUAAACAGCUGGAUUCCUCUCCCCGCUCUGUCUGAGCCUUGGUAGGGCUAAGGGACAAGGGUGAUAGGGGUGUGGAGAGGCACUGUGCAGGGGGCAGGCUAGGAGGAGGCACUGAGAGAGAAGGGUCAGCUCCUCGCCGAGGGACUCCCUGGCGCCAGGAGAGCCCCACGCUUGGUUGGCCAGUGCUUCUUCCUGUGCCCUUUGAGGAUCUGCCCCUAAGGAGCCCUCUCCUCUGGGACCACAGUGAGAGGUUACUUUUGGCAGCCCUCCCUGGUUUUUCAGCCAGAGAAGCCUGUGCAAGACACUGGCUCAGCAACUCCCAAGAAUCACAGCAUCGGGGAGAUCAGAGUGUGUGUGUUUUGUGGGGAGAGCACUCCAGGGGACUAAGGGGAGAAAGGGUAUAGAUAGCUUUGAGCAUGACCUUGGCUAGCUCUAGAAAGUCUACUUUGUUCCGUGAUGUUUAGAAGCAGUAGACCUGGAAGAAUCAUCAAUUGAGAGAGAGAAAAAUUACUGGGAGGGUACUGAGACAGGGGUUUAUGGGAACAGGGUCUGGAGGACAGAUGGUCUUAGGAGAGGAAGGACGGGAAGGAGUGCAGAUACAAGAGCUGGAAAUCAAGGGCUGGGGUGGGCUGUGAAAGGAUGGUCUGUAGCCUGGGAGUCAGGUGGGAAUAUAAGGGAACUACUGAUGCCAGCCAGAGGAAAAGGUCGAGGUGCUGGGGGACACCAUUGAGACACCUGAAGUGGGCAGACUUGAGAGAGGUCUGGCAGUUGCCCUGUCUGGGGGCUGGAUGAGAGCGUACAAGGAAGGGCCCAGCUGGAGGCUGAGGGAGGGACAGAGGAGGCCAGAGCAGUUAGUUUAAAACAGGGUUUCUCACCUCGGCACUAUGACAUUUUGGCCAGAUAAUUCUUUGUUGUCGAGGUCUGUCCUGUGCAUUGUAGGAUUUUUAGCAGACUCCCUAGCUUCUGCCCACUAGGUGCAGGAGCCCAAGUUGUGACAAUCAAAAAUGUCUGCAGACAUUGCCAGAUGUCCCCUGGGGGGCAAAAUCAUCCCUGGUUGAGAACAUGCACGUCAUGUUCUGAAAGGAGAAUUGCCUUGUUUUUCAGUGAAGUCAUUGGACGAGGUGAAGGGCAUGCUGACCCUGAUGAUGGGGAGCCUAAAUGCCAGCAAAUGAUGGGUGGAGGGGUCAGACAGCAAGUGAAGGCAUUCUCUAAGCCUGGUCCUGUUGGAGAACCCAUCUCCGGUGUGGCCUUAGGUGGCUCUGCUGGGUGGCUGCCAUGUGCCUCUCCAGACCCAUUCUCCACUCUUCUCCACCCUGCCUUCCUCUACCGAAGACCACAGCUCCUGUCAGGUGCUCUCUCCUACAGCUACAGCUCUCACUAGUUCCAAAACAGCUCCCUCCUUUUGCUCCUUCAGGACCUGGGGUGGUAGUGGCUUCCAGCUGUUGCUAGCCCAGGGGUGCCUCACCAUUCCCUUAAUCCUGCUCACACCUCUGUACAAAGUUCCUUCAUUAAACUCUCUGCAAUCAGCCCUUUUGAGUGUGCCAUCUGUUUCCUGCUGGGAGGCUGACUGAGAGAGCAGAGUUUUGGAUCCAA